AUGGAGAGGAAACCUCCUAGACAUCCCAAAGUGGCCUGGGCAGAGAGUGAAGCUCCCCAGAAUAGGAGAGCUCCACUGGAGCCCUACCAGGUGACCGAGGUGCAGCCACUGCGUGCUGAUGCUGACUGGCUGCCUGUGUAUGAAGUGGAAAAGGAGGCUGUUGAUUGCAUCGAAGCCUAUGUCAUCAGCAAGGAAAAGGAUCUGGUGCGGAAGAUAGAGUUCCUGAAAUGUAUUUGCUCACUGUGCAGCACUGCUGGAAAGAAGGGCUUGACAGAGGGCCUGGAUGUCUUCUGCUUCCUAAACGAUCUGCCACAGAACAUCGAGACCCUGAAUGCUAUGGACAACAUGCUGCAGAUCAUGCUAGACAGCCACCCCACCACCACUGUCAAUAAUCGGCUGCAGAGUAUCUUUAAGAUGAUGGACCCUACUGAGAAGAUCCUGAAAGAGCUGUGUAAGCCAGCACUCCUCCAGAGUCUUCUGAAGGUUGAAAGCUUGCCACUGCUUUUGCUGGUGCUCAGAGGCCUGGUCCUGCUGUCCAAGAGACCUGAGACGGCAAGAGAAAUACGGGCUGUGCUUACAGACAUCAUGGAGACCCUGCGGUUUGCCAAAACGCCCAUUACUCUGAAGGUGCUGAGUAUUUUUACAAAUGUAAUGCGCCAUCUGGGGAAGAGGCAUGCCAAUCCCAUUGCUCUGGAGCUGGCUGAGAAGAUUCUGCCUCUUUUUAAUCAUGUGUCAAGUGAAGUGCAAGAAGGCUCCAUCCACCUCUUCGAAGAUUUGAUGGACACUGCGCUGUGGUAUAAGAAAGGAAACAUGAAGAAGAUUGUGUGCAGGGCCCUGCUCCCUCUGCUGUUUCAGAUGAGAGACAAGACCCCGAGCAUAGCACAGGUACGAAUUAUAGACCUGACCACCAUACAGGCAAGGGUGUGCCGACACCUCAGUGGUGGCAGCAAUGGUCUGGGAAUUGAGAGUGAGGCAUCUAGGAAAGCCCUCGUGGCUUGUGCAAAAUUCCUGAAAUGGAAGGAGCUCAAGCACCAGGCCCAGGAGGAGAACAUAGAGGGGAUCAGGAUGUGUUUGCUGCACCAGGACAAGACGAGAGUGGAAGGAUACCUGCGUCAGAGUCUGCCAUACCUGGAGGAUUCUCAGGACUCCUUGCGAUGCGAGGCUGUCACAUUCAUCUAUAACUCCUAUAUAUCUGCCUCCCUGAAGUGUCUAUAUACUAAUGCGCGCAGUAUGGGAAAUAAACAGGAAGAGUUGGAGAUCUGCGUGCGGUCACAUGGCUAUGAUCUCAUUGCGAUCACAGAGACGUGGCGAGCCAACUUCGAUCUCUUCCGGGGCCUACUUGCAGCUGUCUCAUGGGCUAGGGUGUUCGAAGGCAAGGGGGCCUGUGAGAACUGGUUGGCAUUUAAGCAGCUCUUCUUCCAAGCUCAGGAUCGGUGCGUCCCUGUGAGGAAGAAAUCGGGAAAGAGUGGUAGGAGACCUGUGUGGAUGAGCAAGGAGCUCGUGCACAAACUCAAAGGAAAGAAGAAGGCCCAUGAAAUGUGGAAAAAGGGUCUGACUACUUGGGAAGAAUACAGGAAUGUUGUCAGGGUCUGCAGGGAUGCGACAAGGAAGGCUAAGGCGUGCCUAGAAUUAAAUCUGGCAAAGGGGAUAAAGGAUAAUAAAAAAGGUUUUUUCAAGUACAUUAACAGUAAAAGGAAGACUAGGGAGAAUGUGGCUCCCCUGUUAAGUGAUGGAGAUGUUCUGGUAACGGGGGAUGCUGAGAAGGUGGAGAUACUGAAUGCCUUCUUUGCUUCUGUUUUCAGUGAAAAAGCUCCCCCUCGGGAAUCUGAGACCCUGGAGGUUAGUGAGAGGAUCUGGGAAAUGGAAGACCUCCCUUCUGUCAGGGAAGAGGUGGUUCAGGAGCGCCUAGGCAACACCAAUGUUCACAAAUCCAUGGGACCCGAUGGGAUUCAUCCACGGGUGCUGAGGGAGCUGGCAGAGGUGAUUGCUGAACCGCUUUCUGUCAUCUUUGAGAAGUCUUGGAGGACAGGGGAGGUGCCUGAAGACUGGAAGAUAGCCAACGUCACCUCGGUCUUCAAAAAAGGCAAGAAGGAAGACCCAGGCAAUUAUAGGCCAGUCAGCCUCACCUCUGUCCCUGGAAAGGUGAUGGAACAGCUUGUGCUGGAUGUCAUCUCCAGACAACUGGAAGAAGAGGAGGUUAUCAGGAGUAGUCAGCACGGGUUCACAAGGGGGAAGUCGUGCUUGACCAACCUGGUAGCCUUCUAUGAUGUUGUCUCUGGCUGGGUGGAUAGGGGGAGAGCAGUUGAUGUAGUCUACCUUGAUUUCAGCAAGGCAUUUGAUACUGUCCCCCACGACAUCCUUAUAACAAAGCUGAGGAAGUGUGGGAUAGAUGAGUGGACAGUGAGGUUUAAGAACUGGCUGACUGGCAGAGCACAGAGGGUUGUUGUUGGUGGUGCAGAGUCCGGUUGGAGGCCUGUAAGCAGCGGUGUUCCUCAGGGGUCUGUGCUGGGUCCAGUCUUGUUCAACAUCUUCAUCAAUGACCUUGAUGAGGGGAUAAUGGCCACCCUCAGCAAGUUUGCUGAUGAUACGAAGUUGGGAGGAUUGGCUGACACGCCUGAAGGCUGUGCUGCCAUUCAGCAAGACCUAGACAGGCUGGAGAGCUGGGCAGAAAAAAACCAGAUGAGGUUUAACAAAAGCAAGUGUAGAGUCUUGCAUCUGGGGAGGAAUAAUUCCAUGCACCAGUACAGGUUGGGGGAUGACCUGCUGGAGGGGAGCCCUGCGGAAAGGGACCUGGGUGUCCUGGUGGAUGACAGGUUGGCCAUGAGCCAGCAGUGUGCCCUUGUGGCCAAAAAGGCCAAUGGCUUACUGGGGUGCAUUAAAAAGAGCAUGUCCAGCAGGUCGAAGGAGGUGAUCCUCCCCCUCUACUCUGCCCUGGUAAGACCUCAUCUGGAGUACUGUGUCCAGUUCUGGGCACCCCAGUACAGGCCAGAGGCAUACAGGAGAAGCUGUCCAGUUGUUGGACCUUUCCUGCCCUCUGCUGUUCAGCUGGAGAGAUGUCCCAGAAGGCCAGAGAAAAAGGAUAGAAAAAUCUGCAGCCCUGUGCCAGAUGAGGCCAAGUGCCAGAGGCAUACUGGAGAAGCUAUCCAGUUGGUGGACCUUUCCUGUCCUCUGCUGUUCAGUUGGAGAGUUGUGCCACCUUCUACAAGGACAUCAGGACAAACAUUUGUAAGAAAAGUCAGUCCAGGCUGUCUGUACCGUUAG